AUGGGGCGUGCGAGGGGACCCUGCUUGUUGCUGCUGCUGCUGCUGCUGCUGCAGGCGGCGGUGGCGGCGAGGGGCGAGGCGCCCUCGCUGCCUCUGGUCCUCAACACCUGGCCCUUUAGGAAAGCCGCCGAAGCAGCUUGGAGUACCUUACAGGCAGGUGGUUCUGAACUGGAUGCAGUAGAGAAAGGCUGCGGUCAGUGUGAAGUUGAGCAGUGUGAUGGAAGUGUGGGGUAUGGAGGACACCCAGAUGAACAUGGAGAAACAACAUUGGAUGCUAUGAUUAUGGAUGGUAAUACUAUGGAAGUUGGGGCAGUAGCCGAUCUCAGACGCAUAAAAAAUGCUAUUGGCGUGGCACGAAAAGUGAUAGAGCAUACUCAGCACACCUUACUGGUUGGAGAGUCAGCCUCACUAUUUGCAGAAAGCAUGGGGUUUCCAAGUGAAGACCUGACUACACAGAGCUCUCUUUCAAUGUACUCACAGUGGCUUGAUCGAAACUGUCAGCCAAACUUCUGGAAGAGUGUGACGCCAGAUGCUUCAAAAUCAUGUGGCCCAUACAAACAGACUGCAAAGUUCACCAAAGAAGAGCGGAGUGUAUCAAAGGAAAGAAUAGAUGUUCAUAACCAUGACACUAUUGGCAUGAUUGUGAUCGGUCAGAAUGGAAGCAUUGCUGUGGGGACGUCUACAAAUGGUGCAGACCACAAAAUUCAGGGACGUGUAGGAGACUCUCCAAUUGCUGGAGCUGGAGCAUAUGCAGAUAGUACUGCUGGAGCUGCAGCUGCCACUGGAGAUGGGGAUUUGAUGAUGCGCUUCUUGCCCAGCUAUCAAGCCGUGGAGUAUAUGCGAACAGGAAUGGAUCCCACCAUGGCCUGCCAGAAAGUUAUUUCUAGAAUUCAGAAAUAUGAGCCAUACUUCUUUGGUGCCGUUAUCUGUGCCAACGCAAGUGGAAGCUAUGGUGCUGCCUGCAAUAAAGUUUCAGGAUUCACACAGUUUCACUUUAUGGCUUCUAAUCCCACUUUGAAGCAACCAUCUGAGCAAAUAAUAGACUGCAUUUAACACCUCUUCCACCCCCCCCAGCCCUACCUUAAAGAGUUCACUG